AUAGAAUGUCUCCGAGUGAUAAUACGACGGAACAAUCUGGAGCGGGAGCAAACAAAUCAAAUACAAAUACCACGACGUCAAAUAACUUUCAACAACAAUUGCAACAACAAAUCUUGCCGAAUGAGGAAACACUACUGAAACCUGCCUCGAAACAAGCAUAUUUUAGUGAUGAGAAGGUCUUAAUACCAGAGAGUGAUAAGAUUGGAUUUAGUUGGAGAAAACUAUGGGCUUUUACGGGACCAGGAUUUCUUAUGUCAAUUGCAUAUCUUGAUCCGGGAAAUAUAGAAUCAGAUUUACAAAGUGGUGCUGUAGCUAAAUAUAAAAUACUUUGGGUGCUACUAUGGGCAACAGUACUGGGUUUACUGAUGCAGCGCUUAGCUGCAAGAUUGGGUACGGUAACUGGCUUACAUUUAGCUGAGAUGUGCUAUCGACAAUAUAAAAAAGUACCACGUUUUAUACUAUGGAUUAUGAUUGAAAUUGCUAUCAUUGGUUCUGAUAUGCAAGAAGUGAUAGGCACUGCCAUAGCGAUAUAUCUUUUAUCAAAUAAAAUUAUACCGUUAUGGGGUGGCACGCUGAUAACAAUUGUUGAUACUUUUACAUUUUUGUUCCUAGAUAAAUAUGGUUUGAGAAAACUAGAAUUCCUAUUUGGUUUUCUAAUAACUGUGAUGGCAGUCACGUUCGGCUAUGAGGUAAUUAUUAAAAGAUAUUUUAUUUGUGAAGUUUGA